AUGGGCGGCUUGACAACGGCCGCCGCACCCAGCAGCAAGUUAGCAACGAAGCCUACUAUAGCUGCUCAGGUGUUGUUCACCCUCACUCAGUUGUGGUUCAGUCAACAUUCCUUUUUCGGUAAUUUAGCAGCUCCUGCAAUUGAGCACCAGCAAAAUGCUGCGUAUGGUUAA